GUGGAACAGGAAGGAGUUUGCACACAUUUCUACCUCCCUCCGCAUUUCGCCGACUGCCGAGGCUGUCUAGGACUGUCUCUUUCCAGAGCCUGCAGAGGCGCGCGCGCGCACGCACGCUCUCCUCCGCCGCCCUCCCCCGGGCCGGUGCGCGCGCACAGACACCCGCACGCUCCCUCUCCCUCCACCCGGCUCAGUGGGUCUCUUCUUCCAAGAUGACAGGACGGAGGAGGCCAGGCUGCUGGAAUCAGCUGGUGAAUGACCAGCCUCCAUGGUUCUUAAUGGACCAACAAGAUUAUUUUCAUUAAAGAUGGAAACAUUGGAGUCAGAAUUGACCUGCCCAAUCUGCCUCGAGUUGUUUGAAGACCCCCUCCUGCUUCCAUGCGCCCAUAGCCUCUGCUUCAGCUGUGCUCAUCGGAUUCUCGUGUCCAACUGUAGUUCCGGGGAAUCGGUUGAGCCCAUUGCCGCCUUCCAGUGUCCUACUUGCCGAUAUGUCAUCUCCUUGACUCAUCGUGGCCUAGAUGGCCUCAAGAGGAAUGUGACCCUACAGAACAUUAUCGACCGAUUCCAGAAGGCUUCUCUGAGCGGGCCCAAUUCCCCAGGCGAGAGCUGCCGGGAGCGGACUUAUAGGCCUAGCCCCACCAUGUCUAGCGAGCGAAUUGCAUGCCAGUUCUGUGAACAGGCCCCACCGCGUGAUGCAGUCAAGACCUGCAUAACCUGUGAGGUGUCUUACUGUGACCGCUGCCUCCGAGCCACCCAUCCAAACAAGAAGCCCUUCACCAGCCACCGAUUGGUGGAGCCGGUGCCAGACACGCACCUUCGAGGGCUCAUGUGCCUGGAGCAUGAGAAUGAGAAAGUGAACAUGUACUGUGUGGCUGAUGACCAACUGAUCUGUGCCUUAUGCAAACUAGUGGGGCGCCACAGAGACCAUCAAGUGGCAUCUCUUAGUGACCGAUUUGAGAAACUCAAGCAAGCUCUGGAAAUGAACCUGACCAAUCUAGUUAAGCGUAAUAGUGAACUGGAAAAUCAGAUGGCCAAGCUGAUCCAGAUCUGUCAGCAGGUUGAGGUGAAUACUGCAAUGCAUGAGGCCAAGCUCAUGGAAGAAUGUGAUGAGCUGAUGGAGAUCAUCCAGCAGAGGAAGCAGGCGAUUGCAGUCAAAAUAAAAGAGACCAAGGUGAUGAAGCUGAGAAAGUUGGCACAGCAGGUUGCCAAUUGCCGCCAAUGCCUAGAACGCUCAACGGUCCUCAUCAACCAAGCAGAGCGCAUCCUGAAAGAAAAUGACCAGGCCCGGUUCCUACAAUCUGCAAAAAACGUCGUGGAGAGGGUUGCCAUGGCAACUGCAUCCUCUCAAGUUCUCAUCCCAGACAUCAAUUUUAAUGAUGCUUUUGAAAACUUUGCUUUAGAUUUUUCCAGAGAAAAGAAACUGCUGGAGGGGCUAGAUUACUUAACAGCCCCCAACCCACCGUCUAUACAAGAAGAACUUUGUACUGCUUCCCAUGACACUAUCACCGUCCACUGGCUCUCAGAAGAUGAAUUCAGCAUCAGUUCCUAUGAGCUGCAGUACACCAUAUUCACUGGCCAGGCUAACUUCAUUAGUAAGUCAUGGUGUGGUUGGGGCCUGUGGCCAGAGAUAAGAAAAUGUAAGGAAGCAGUAAGCUGCUCAAGAUUGGCCGGGGCUGCACGAGGCCUCUAUAACUCCGUGGAUAGUUGGAUGAUUGUGCCCAACAUUAAACAGAACCAUUACACAGUACAUGGACUUCAGAGUGGGACUCGUUACAUCUUCCUCGUCAAAGCCAUCAACCAGGCAGGCAGCCGGAACAGUGAACCGACCCGACUGAAAACAAACAGCCAGCCCUUUAAGCUGGAUCCAAAAAUGACUCACAAGAAGUUGAAGAUCUCCAAUGAUGGCUUACAGAUGGAGAAAGAUGAAAGCUCUUUGAAGAAGAGCCACACCCCAGAAAGAUUCAGUGGCACUGGCUGCUAUGGAGCCACAGGGAAUGUAUUCCUUGAUAGUGGCUGUCAUUACUGGGAAAUAGUCAUGGGAUCAUCAACCUGGUAUGCCGUUGGCGUUGCCUACAAGUCGGCUCCAAAGAAUGAAUGGAUCGGCAAAAACUCAUCGUCAUGGGUUUUCUCCCGCUGCAGCAGUAACUUUGUCGUGAGACACAACAACAAAGAGAUGCUAGUUGACGUGCCGCCUCAGCUGAAACGGGUUGGAGUCCUCCUGGAUUAUGACAACAAUAUGCUCUCCUUCUAUGACCCGGCUAACUCUCUGCACCUUCAUACCUUCAAUGUCUCCUUCAUCCUCCCAGUUUGUCCGACCUUCACCAUCUGGAACAAAUCCCUGAUGAUCCUAUCUGGCUUGCCCGUCCCAGACUUUAUUGAUUACCCAGAGCGACAUGAAUGCAACUGCAGGCCCCAAGAGUCCCCAUAUGUAUCUGGGAUGAAAGCUUGUCAUUAGGUUCCAAAAGAGCACGUGUUUCUGUGGCUACUCCCCGAGGCAGAGAGUAGAGCAUCCUUCCAGCAAAGUCUGUCCCCGCCUCAUCUUCAGCUAAUCUUCAGAAAAAAAAAUGAAAUAAAGUCCUUUCAAAACAACCAAAAUAACUCGACAUAAUGAGUCUGAUGUUUUUGCAAAAAGGAAGCUUGUUUGAACCUCAUUUUAUUGCAUUGAUUCUCAAGACAGAUCCUAACCCGGGAAGAGUCUGAGUUCAAGUGAGCCACACGGUCGAGAAAUCGAAAGACGAUUUUCUCUUCUCAUUAGAAAGUAACCAAACUGGAAUUUAACUGGCACUCCAGUGCCUUAGCGUAGAAGUAAUAUUGAGAGGGCCGUGGAAGAAGGUGGUCAAGCCCCUUAAGACACUUGAUCUUACGUGUUUGGUCCAGGGGAAAUUUGAACACGAACAAGUGAUCAAACGCUAGGUGUGAGUGUGGAAAGAACAGCUAAGGUUAGAAUAAGAAAAAGUAUAAUUUGUUUCAUCUCUGUCUUGAAGGCUGAGACAGAUUGACCUGAGAAAGAGGCAGGAAGGAUUUCUUCCAGUUCUUUCUGUUGACUUUUAAGCUUUUAUAAGUAAAUGUGAUCCUAGUUUCUUAUGAUAGGAAGAAUAUAAUAUAUCGUAUUCUUUUUACUUGCUAAUCUUGUAGGGAGUCAUUGUUUCAUCUCUCCCCCACAUCUCUGUCUUCCCUCCUGCGCACCCCACCCCCUUGUGCCCUGUUUCUCUCUUCCCGCUUUGCAUCUCCUAAUUUUGCGUCUCUCCCCACUCAAUUUCUCUUUCCCUGUAUCCUCUUUCCUAUAUCUGUCUCUCUGUCUCUGUCUCUUCCUG